AUGCAGGAGCUGGAGGACCAAGAGAAACGAGGCCAUGAUCUUGUUGAUUCUCGUGCGUUCGAACGCGCGACCGGUACCGAUGAUCAUAUCAUAGCGGGCACGAGGGACGCAUCGAUUGCCGUGAUAUCUGCUGCACACGGUCGAGGUAGCAGAAGCCGAGACAGCGGUCCUGUCUCGACGAAUCUCUGUGAACGGCGUAAAAGAGCACCAAGCGAGGGAGUUUUGCCUUCAGAAGUUGCAGGCGAUUGCUGA